UGUAACCUUUGGCUAUACUAACUCGGCUAUUUCUAUACAUUAUGAUCCUCACUCUAAACAUCGACCUCGUUGCGCGAUCUACACUACAGUUCCCGACACUCAUUAAGUUAAUUUAACGCUAUUUACCCAAUUUUCGUGAACGCUUUUCGACAGAAGAGCAAAAUUGACCACAGCCAAUCAAAGCGCCCAUUGAACUAUUUAGAUUUCGUUUAACAUUCAUUUAAAUAUUAUUAAUUUUGUAUUAUAUGAAUGAGAAUAUUGCUCUCGCAUGUAUUUAUUGUUCGAUUAAACAGCAACUAUUUAGUUUAAAAAUGUUUUUGUUUGGUAACUGAAUCGAUCUAUUGUCGGACUGAUCUAUAAAGGCCAAACCAAUCUCUCUGCUGUCAAACCGUUGCCUUGCUCUGCAGCAAAGAUGUCGCGCUUUCAUUUGCUUAAGCUCCUUUUUCUGUGUGGAUUGUGCUUAACGGAGCUGCGCGCUGACGAUCUAGACAUCGAUCCAGAUACUCCGGAGGUGCAAAGUCAGUUCCAUGCGCGUUUUUUGGAGGUCAGAACAGCCUGCGCUGAGGAGUUCCUGCUGCCAUAUGGUAAAUCUAUCGCUCUGUUGAGUACUCUGAGCCUAUGUGGCGGGCUCAUAAGUGCAUUGAGUGAUCGUGCGAAGGACAACGGAGAUAUAUUCAUUAUAGAUUAUGACAGCUUCGAUGGUGAUGUGGAUGACAUAUCGACCACCACCGAAGCACCUAGAGAUCCCGACUAUAUUGACUUUGAUGCUAUCAUGCAUGGCUGCAAUGCAAGUUUCAUUACGCCCAUGUCUUAUGUUCUGCAGUUCAAUAAUACGGGCAAACUAGCUGAUGAGACAGAUUUGACUAGCAUGUGCUAUUUCCGCUGCUUCUUCGAAAAGUCCGGUAUAGUGGAAAACUUCAAGCUAGUGCCGAGCAUCGUGCGAAAGUAUAUAUGGCCAGCAACGGGCGAUUCCAUCGAGUACUGCGAGUCGCAGGGCAUUAGUGAACCGAAUGCUUGCAAGAGGACCUACGCCAUUGUGCAAUGCGCCAUGAUGCGUGCUCUGACGGAUGCCCGGAACAAGCCAAUGGUUUGAUUAUCACAUUAUUCUGUUUAAAAAUUACAAAUAGUUUAUAAUGUGUACUUAAUAAAUAUGCAGCCACGGCCGUGCGCAGAACAUUAA